GAUGUCACAGAUUUUUUUUUUUUUUUUUAAGUGGUGGAAAGAAAUUUGUUUCAUGUGCAGGUGACAUACCAUGCUGUAACAGACAGAUCCACUGAAAAGAUAUGGACAUAACAUUGUCAAAAACAUGACAUGGUUGAGCAGCAGCAUCCUAACAUCAGUACGCUGCGGGAUUUUAUUUGUUCUGGGGGCCCAGAGUCAAACAUUAACUUAGGGCUAAAUCAAACAGACAGCCUACACUCUCUGAGAGCUGGCCACACGUCCCUACCGACACAGCAGUUUAUCAAAGAGUCGUAGAUGUGAACACUGUCCAACAUGGUCUCCCCCUGGCCUCCUAGCAGUCGAUGAGGACCCUGAAUGGAAGAAAAAUAAAGCUUCCCGACCCACGUAGAAUGACCUUCGCCUCACUGGAUCUGAGGUGAUUCUUCUGGAAGAUAAUAGAAGCGAGAUGGAGGCUGAAAGACCCCAGCUGAGAGACACCAUGCUUCCAAGGAAGGGUUAUGGCUUAUAGCAGAUUGCUGCUGCUGCUGCUGCUGCUGAUAGGAGCGACCAUCACCCACCUGCCUCAAGCCCACGCGCACCCUGAUGAAUUUUGGUGCAAUGCCGAAGAUAGGAAGAACCUGAUGGAGGAUUUUGACGAUAAGGAUAACUGCUCAGAAAUCUCUCCUGUUCCUCCUGUGCCAUAUAUCGGGGUUAACCCGGAAGAAUGGGAAAAGAAAUCUCUUCAGGAGAAACAGGCAGAGGUGCUGAAGAACUUCCAGGGGCUUCAUGACAGCGUCCAGCAGCUAAUGAAUCAAACCAGAGGGCAUUGUUUGGGUUGGCUGAAUGCUUUUGAGAAAAGCAUUUCGCAGUAUAUGAUCAUUGUCGGCGAUGUUCUCAAACAGAAUGAUAGCUCUACGCCUACUCAAGCUCCAAAGUAUGAGGAAACGACCAAACUCAAGGACGUUUGGAACAUUUACGAACGUCUAAUUGUUGGGAAGCUUGAAUUGCUUGCCUACGAAAUGUCAGAAGAUCGCUGCAAGCAUAAAAGGAAAAGAAGUUUAAGGCAGUUGUGGACACAGCUAACCAGAAAGUUAGCUUUGCAAACAUUAAACCGAAGAUAACUAAGGAUAUUUGAAAUCGCCUGCGUGUGAACAGUAUGGUACUGGAACCAAGCUGCCAGUCUUACAUGGGAGCCAAGAAUGAAGAACCAUGGACCAAAGUAGCAGAACUGGAUGACAGGCUACAUAUUGAGGGCAUACUUAUUUAUUGGGACAGCUGGUCCUCUGCUGUGGAACGCCGUGUGAAACAUUGUCCUCGACAUUUGGCUGUGAGAAUAUUGGGUUUGGAGAGCAAGCAGUGACUUGCAAAGGAUGGAUGUCACUAAGCUGUGAUGACUGAGGAUGCAGUGAACCCUAGGUAUUCUGACAGAAAUAAUCUUGGAAAUACCAGUACGGACUUUGCUAUGCUUAAUAGCGUGCUCACAUUUACUAAUAAUCAAAGUGGGGACACAAAAUAAUAUAUAUUUUUUGCAUUUCUUUUCAUUUGGGUGGCUCCAUUUUGAAUGAGCCUAUUGCAUUUCACGUCUAAGGAAGUGAGUUUUCCUACUGACCAGGCUAGCUUUAGUGAACAUACACAAUAGAUUACAGCACAGCGUGUUGUAUUUUCUUCGGUACUCAAACACUGUUCUAAUAUGUUUACCGGAAAAGUUUUAAACUCCAAUAUGUGAAUAAUUGAGAACUGAAUGACAUUAUGUUGUAGGAAGUGGUGAAUUAUUACACUAGAUAUCACCAUAUUAAAUGUUGAGUUAGAACUAGUGAGGUUCCACCAACCAUUCUAAAUUAAAUCCCAGUUGGAUAUAUACCACAACUGGGAACAGAAAAACUCUGACUUACUCUGAUGGAGUUCUGAUUGAAAUGCACAGUGUAAGUAUAACUGCAGAAAAAGUCAAUAUUCCCAGAAUGUCUGAUGUAUUGGCAGCUUUUAUAUGGCUACUAUGGCUCCCAAACAAGGGCGGCAUACUACUGAUGGCGUCACAAGAACUUGGGGAAAAAAUAAUAAUAGACAAGCCAACAGACUACCCAGUAGUUUAUGCCUCUAAGGCUUAAGCCCUGAUUUGACCACAAUGUUUUAGUCAUUUGAACGUUUGCCAUCAGUGCUAAACUCUAGGAAUAUUUCUUAGAUUUGAAGUAUCGUCGAAUGGAAUUGAUCAUUUUAGUUCAAAUUCUGGUCAUACCUAAACUGUAUUGUUCUACAUUGAAAAGAGGUCUAUGAAAAUACUAUUUAAGAGUUAUAAAACCUUUAUGACAUUUGUGAAAGGACAAACACAAAAGCACGUUUAAGUGUUAGUUUGUUUUUUUGGCACUAUGAGCACCAUGGUUUGAGAAAUGUGUGAAAGGUGAAAGCUUACACACUGACAGCAGUUUCUAUAUGGUGGGAAAGACAAAAAGACACUACCCCUUAUUUCAGAAUGUAAGAUAGGAAGUUGGACUGACACACUGCCCUGGAGCUACAGCAGUCCAACUGAUCAUUAAACCUGUUCCAAAGGCCCAUGAUUUGCUUUUACAAAAAUGUAUUGCACAAUCAGCUCAUAGUCCAAACAAGGUUUCUCUUUCAUGUUGUUAGAGCUGUCUCUGCCUCAGAGAGUGAUCAAGCGAAUCUCUCUCUUUGUCAAUGAUAUGACACAUCCUCAAACUGUAAAUGCUUUAGAUAAAUGGCCUUGUGUUUUAACGUUCUCCACUAUACAAAUGAAACUGGCUCUAUAUCGCCCUCUAUGGGUGCUGUAUGAGAUGUAAAGGGUCAGAUAAGGUCACGGGACUGCAACCUUUACAGUUCAAAAAGCCAUUUUUUGCCCUCAGUUCAACAAAACAACCCUUCUUUAGACCCUCUAAUGUUACAUGUCCUUUAUUUUCCCCCAAAAAGACAUGUAACAUUAGAGAAAAACAUAAAACGUUUGCAAUAAGAGGGUGGAUACAUUGUCUUCUAUGGGAUGUCGAUAUUUGUGAGGACAAAAUUUCCAACCUAACAACAAGAAACAUAUAUAUAUAAAAAAAUACAAUUAUUCCAAGAGAAUGUUGAUAAACUGUAAAACCUAGAUUUGUUAUUGGGUAUAUGUUUAACACUGUUAUUAUUUAACACAUAGAACUUUAUUAGGGUAUUUUUCAGUUUUGUCCAAGGUUAAUAAGAGCCAAUAUGGGAGGUCCGAAGUACCCGGGUGGCUGACCUCUGAGUUAGGCUGUCAAAAUGCAUUGUCAUCUUUAAUUGCAGAUGGGUAGCCACUUUAAUGACAUUUAUA